CCACAAUAGCCAAACAUACGCCCAUACAAAUAUCAUACCUUCUUUUAACGAGCCCCUUCCAUUUUCGCUCCACAAAUCCUAGAACAUUUGGCUCAUGAUCAUUUCUCUCUUUAAUAUUCUUUUCAAUCGCGCUCUUUGCAACAUCUCGCUGCCAUGCCGCCUGCACGAACUGCGCGAAUCUCGGACAGACAGUGGGACGAGGUCGAGACCAGGAUCAAACAGCUCGUUCAUCAACACGUCCCUCUCAGGUGCAAAGAUGGGAGUCGUGACACCAUUCCGGAGAUACUGCAAAGAGAACUCAAUAUCAAGAUUACCGUAUCGCAGCUGGAGGCCAAGCUGAAGGAAUGGAAUGUCGCCAAGAAUCUGAGAUUGCGAGAAUGGAAGGUCAUCAUGCCGUGGCUAGACGAGCUCGAAGGCAAUGGGACCGAGUACCAGCUGUUCUUAGCGGAAAAAGAAAUCAGAAAGACUGCCAUAGAUCGAGCCAGGCGAUCUUUAAGAGCCAAAAGUAAUGAUGAUGCGUCUCUUGGAUCAGCCGCUGAGAUCAUUGAGAGUCGGGAAAUCUGCAUCAAGAUACGGGAAAACAAUAACUGGGUUCCGUUCAAGCAGACUGCAGCCCCAAUCAAAAUCAACGCAGCCCUGGAUGAGGCGGCAACACAAGAAGAGGACCAUGAUCUCCAUACGUCCCUCCUCGAUCCAUCGCCAGUUGUCUCACGUAGUCAACUUGCAACAUCUCAGUUUCAGACUAGCCAACUAGCCCUGUGUCCUGCCAGCACGACCCAAGGCACUAGGUAUGCAGCCCCUGAAUCAGGCUGUGCACCUACAUUGGAUUUGAUCCAGGCAGCUCACUAUAAUCCUCAUGACCAAACCACGAUCGGCGACAACUAUUUUAGUCUUGACCCACCACUCUUGAUAGGGCCUGCUUAUCCAACCUCUGAGAUAACUGACCUCUGGCUCAACACCCUAAGUCCUGCGCCGGAUACUUUUGAUCUUUGGAUGGGCGUGGAGGAUAUGCCUGUGGUUCAACAAAGUCACUGCACCAUUCCUUCAGCUAACGCUGCUGCCACGCUGACCGAACCCACACAAGUUUCAGUAUCUCUUUGGCCCACCGAAAUGCCGGCAAAGUCAACCGAUUUGCUCCGUCUUAUGCUACAGCAUGCUGCGGAUUACCAAGAGAAUAAUGUUGAGUUUGAGAGUUAUGAGCUACCCAGCCUAUAUGGGCUACCCAGCCUAACACUGCCACUAGCGCUACCCGGAGUUGAGGAGCUGCUUGACCGCCUUCUGGGCCUCAUACCCAGGGACGAAGUCGACGGAACAUUCAGCCGUGCUAACGAGGAAACCAAUACUGGUUCCAUUAUCCGCUCAGCACUUAUAUUCUCAAUCGUUAACAAUUUCGCGGGGCUCAGUGAAUUGCCCAAGGCAUCUAUUGUUUCAGCGCUGAAAUAUGAUUCUAAACUGCGCUCUGAACUGUUUCAACGUCUGCGUGAAAGCUCUGCUGCUUUGGCCAAGACUGUGCUUGAUAAUCUUUUCAGGGCCACUGUCGAAGCUUGUGACGCCAAGACAGCUAAGUUGAUCAUUGAUACUGGAAAAGGGACACCCUAUGCCAUUCGCCUCGAUGAAAUUGUCUGCACUUAUAAAGGAAGUGAUUAUUCACCCCUUCAACUCGCGGCACGGCUUUAUGAUCAUGAGAUGACCAAGAUGCUCCUCAACCUCGGAGCUGACCCCAACAAGAUAGCGCCUUGGCAAGAUAAAAUGGAUCUGAGCAUAAGCCCACUCUUCCUAGCCAUGCCAGAUGGGUCGAGAGGAAAUUUCGAAGCUGCAAAGAACACAACAUUGGCAUUACUUGAGCAUGGCGCAAUAACCCCCAUUCAUGUUAUACAAUGCAUUCUUGGGACAAGUCGCAUAAACGCAAUAUCAUGGGAAGCUGGCUAUUUACCGCCAUUAUUUCGAGCUCUUCCGGCAGCAGAUCAUCGGGAAUGCUUCGGCAUCGUUUCAGACAAAAUAAAUCCCUCCCAACAACCUAUAAUUUGUGGGCUAUCAAAAGGGGCAAGAACUCCCGAGUGCACAGCCAUAUUUCGACUCUUGAUAGAAAACUGUAUUGACAGCGGAUGUGGAAGAUGCACGGUCGACUUCGCCGAGAAUUUUGAACAAUCAUUGACGGAAGCUGCGAAAAGUGGAAACUUGGAGCUCUGUGAACUACAUCUACAAAACGGAGUCCCAGUCACUAUUGGGAUGUUUUGUGCAGCAAUCCGGAGUCAAAACCAAGAGGUGAUCGAUCUCUGCAUGCGGCAUCAAUUUAUCGCGAUAACACCAUCCGCUAACAUCGAGUUGGACGACUGGAUGCCUAGGAUUCCACUUAUUACUACACCACUGGCCGAAGCUGUACGUACUGAAAAUCAUCUGCUGGCCAAGAUCUUUGAGGGCCUCGGGGCUUGGUCUCUCGUCGAAAGUCUCGACGACCAUUUUGUCGCCGUACUCUCCGCCGCAGCCAGGGUGGGCGAUUUAGGCUCCCUUGGAAGAGCGCUACACCUACGCGCCAGUGGCCCUGGUGUGCUAUUAUUCAUCCCGCUCUUGGAAGCGAUUAAGCAUGAACAAACCGAAGCCGCUUUGAUGUUGUUGGAUGAAGGUGCACGACUGAACUAUAGUGAUGGAGGCACGCUCUUGGUUGAAGCCUUGGUGAUGCGGAACAAGCGUAUCCUUGAGGCAAUCCUUGAUUCGAACGUUGAUGUUGAAGUUGUCAGAUAUGAAACUAGACGAAUCAUGGAAGAGGCUGGGAAAUGGGGAGAUAUUUCGAUCAUCAAGGACCUAACCUCCAUGGGGUUCAAUCUCAACCAUGGAGAAGAGACUACAGUACUCAUUGAAGCUAUAAAGCUACAGAACAAUGAUUUGGUCAUUUUUCUUCUUUCCAGCGGCGCAAAUCCCAAUGUGCAACUCGAAGCCGAAAGUUCAUGGUCGCCAUUGUGCGAAGCAAUACGCAUCAAAAACGAAGAAAUGGUCGACCUUCUUCUGUUGAAGGGAGCAAACCCUGCCGACAAGUUUGCGUUUAUACAUGCCACAAAACCAGGCAAUCCCUGUCUGAUCAAACUUCUUAACGCAUUCCGAAUGAAAUAUUCCCAGGGACUUCCAGGGUUCGGUCCCGACAUGUUGAUCAAAACCAUACAGGAAAACGAGAUUCAUUUGUUUGCCUUGCUGCUCUCGGCAGGCUUCGAUGCUAAUUCUUUUGGAAGCAAGUCAGCAACGCCACUCGGAUUUGCCACCCAGACAUGUCCAAACAUUGAAUUUGUUGUCCAGCUCCUGGAUUCAGGAGUUGAUAUCAGCCGCGUCGCCGUGGCGCGUUCGCUGCCAUGGGAAACCAAAAAGCAGGACCGAGCUUCAUCGGACGCAGAAAGCCUAGAGUCAAGCCUGGAACCUGCAAUUCUCGUUGCCGUGAAAGCCGGAAGGGACGCCAUUGUGCGCCUCCUGCUAGACAGGGGUGCAGAUGUCAACCAGCCAGCACGCCGUGGCGUGAAACGGACGCCACUGCAGGCAGCAUGCGAGCUUGGGAACUGGAAGAUGGUUAACCUGCUCCUGCAAAGGGGCGCCAACGUCGGGGCACCGCCCACACGGAGGGGCGGUGGUACUGCGCUUCAGAUGGCGGCCAAAGGCGGUUACAUCAGAAUCGUGGAGCUGCUGAUAUCAGUGGGGGCGAGUGUCCAUGAGGCGCCGUCCCGGGUCUUUGGAAGAUCGGCCCUGGAAGGAGCGGCGGAAAACGGGCGACUCCGCAUGCUAGGAGUGCUGUGGACGGCCGGGCAGUCAACCUCUGGUGGCUUCCCCGACGAGGAAAUCAUACGGGCCAUUAAAUACGCCAGUCAGAAGGGCCACAAGGGCUGCGCGGACUACCUUACGUGGCUAUGGGCCACUCAUUCUGCUGGGACAAGGGGGAUAUCUGAGGAGGUGCAUGCUUUUGACGCACAGGUCUAG